AUGGUGCAUCUAACGGAGCUGCGAAUCGUGCUGCCCUUCACAUGUGCGUGUCAAGGGCCGGGGGCGGAACGGGACGCCACGGGGCGCGCGCACGGGGGGGAGGGCGGGGGUGUGCGGGGGUGCGCAGUGGAGGAGUUCAAGCGCGGGCAGCGGUACGCCAACUGGCGCACUAACGAGGAUGCCACGGAACCCGGCCAGGGCGGCACUCUGCUGUCAUCAACGCCCUACUACCACGAGCAGCACGGGGAGGGUCUCUUCACGCACAGCCUCUUCCGCCUCGGCAACCGCCUCCCUGACUGGGUGAACCGGCUGGUGCCGCCGUCAGCGCUGGUGGUGGAUGAGAAGAGCUGGAUCAACUACCCCUACUUCCGCACCAUCAUCACCAUCCCCUUCUUUAGCAAGGACGGUGGCUCAUUCCCCAACGCCUUCGGGCUCCCCCACUUCCCCACUCCUUUCUCCUCUCUUGAAAAGAUUCUCCCCUUCCCCCACUUCCCCACUCCUUUCUCCUCUCUUGAAAAGAUUCUCCCCUUCCCCCACUUCCCCACUCCUUUCUCCUCUCUUGAAAAGAUUCUCCCCUUCCCCCACUUCCCCACUCCUUUCUCCUCUCUUGAAAAGAUUCUCCCCUUCCCCCACUUCCCCACUCCUUUCUCCUCUCUUGAAAAGAUUCUCCCCCUUCCCCCCUUCCCCACUACCUUUCUCCUCUCUUGA